UAAACGGGGAGGAAACAAAAACACAAUCAAACUGAGAAUAGGGCAACGUCUGUCACAGAAACAAACGACAAUGCUGUGGCUACGGAAACUAUCACCCACCAUAACACGAGGAACAAGGAGUCACGACGCCCAUCUACGCAUCAACCUUCAACAAGUUCUAUGGAUGUCGACCAAAUUGAAGAAAUUGUUGACACAUUGUCAACCAAGCUGGAGGCUAUGGUUGAUAAAAAAAUUCAAGACAUUUUGGGGAAAGAUAAGACGGACACAAAUGCUUCUCAAAAUUUGCCGGUUCUGGAAUUGCCACAGCCCGAGAUGCCUAAUUCAACUUCUAACUCUGACCAUCAACACGGUCAUAUAGAUAGACAAGUUCAAGCAGCUGGCCACAUUCAGCAAGCCAAAUCCAACAAAAAUAAGCCCACAGCUUCAACCACAGACAUUUUGCAAGGGGUUGAAAAUUUGUUGAAUGCUUCUCUUGCUCCAUCCACCUUAGAAACGUACAAAAGAAGUUGGACUCUUUUUCAAACAUUUACCAAUUCAUACUUUGAAGCUCCUUUAUCACUUCCCAUAUCUGUCUCAGUUAUAGCCUUAUUUAUGCAGGUCAAUCAUUUGUGUCAGUAA